AUGUCAUCCCUUUAUCUCAAAUUAAAGCCAAAUGCAAAGAGCAAACAAACUUCAACAACAAUAUUAAGAAAUCAAACAUCAUUCAGACAUUCACAAUUAGCUAUUCCACUAUGCUAUUUAUUAGAUAUAAAAACAAAUGAAAUUAUUGUCAAACAAGCACUUUAUAAUGUAAUACCAAAUUUACAUCGCAUGCCAGUUUGUGAAAAUAUUGAACGAUAUUGUUCAACAAAUAUGAAACAAUUAAGAUCAAUGAAAAUUACAUCACCCACUGAAAUAUCCAGCAUUCGAAUUUCACGUUGUAGAGGAAUGAUUAGAAAUUCUGAUGCAAAUCAACUUGUUACGUUGAGAAAUCGUCAGAUUGUUCGAGAAUGUAAAGUUCUUCUCACUCGUUUGCAAUCGAAUGACAUUGAGAAUAUCACAACAGCAAAUAUACCAGUACCUUUUUCUAUUCAAGAAGAGAAAAAAUCAUCAUCACAAAAGAGAAGUAAAAAGAAACGCGAUGAAAAAACUUUCGUAUCGAGCGCAUGUAAAGAAUUACAAGAAUAUAAACAACAAUCGAAAAGGAAACAAUAUGAUAGUAUUGACGUUAAACAGAACAAAAGACGUCAAACAAUGUUCCAGUCAAUGAAUGUUAAUUGUAUUGAAGACGAUCUAGUUAUAUAUUUAAAAUGUUUCAUUUGUAAUACAAAAACUAUUCUCAAUUCGAAUGAUACAUCAUUGUUUACUCAUUGGAAAUUACAUCAAAAUAAAAAAUUAGCAUCAAAUAUCUAUGACAGUCUUAUUGCUGAUAAGUUAGUGCGCGUUGUUGAAUAUUAUUUAGCACCUAGAAAACAUUCUUUAGAAGGAGAAAUAAAACAGAUUUUUAUUUUGGAUAGUAAAACGUCGAGUCAUAUCAGAGAUUAG